AAAGCUCGAAUGAUGCGUUGCGUGACCAAAGAUGGCAUAUUUAUUUAGCGUGGAUACCAAAGCAACUUUUUUAAAUAAUGGGCGUGGAUGUGCGCCACAGACUGGGGGGAAUGUCUCGUUUUGUAAAAUCAUAAAGGUCUGCAGAUGUGCCGUGGAAAAACUUGCCUCUCCAUCACUCUACUUCCGCGUCAAACAUGCGUUUAACACUCAACGUGUCCUGCUGAGCACAGCAACACUGAAGUAAAUGCCAUUUGCAUGGGUUUGCAUGUUUUCUACAUUAACCUCACAGAAACAUCAGCAGCAGACUGCAGAGAUCAUAUGGAGGGGGACCUGGACAUGGAUGGUGUUUCUCCAUCCCAACCUCAGCAUCAGCGGGGCUUGUGGAAAUCCUUCCACGGCAGACCCAAACUCGCCGGCAGCCCCAAACUGGGGAAAAAAGACCGAAAGCAAGAAAGCGGGUUUUGGAUAUUUAAAAAGAAACGACCGAAUGGUUUGGACCGAGCGAUAUCGUCCUCUCAGCCCAAUCUGCACAGCGCGGCAGCCGCUCCGGACGGUGGUGAGAGCGGGAGGACGCGCCGCGGCUUGCCCGAGAUGGGUGUCGGAAGGGCGGCCGCGGCAGCCGCGGCGCUCGGCGCGGAGAUCCAGAUGCUGAAAAGAACCAAACCCACGCUCGCCCAGCUGGUGCAGUCUCAACAUAAACCUUCUCUGCCUGGGUCCACAAGCACCGAUGAUGCUGUGACGAAUGACAACGAGGAAGAGAUCAGUAAAACUGUGGGCAUUAAUGCAGCUGGUAAAGGUGGAACACAGCCUUCACUGCCCGCUUCAGCAAUGUACCAGUUAGACAUCGUGCUGAAAAAAGGAAACAACCUUGCCAUUCGAGACAGAGGCGGAACAAGCGACCCAUAUGUGAAGUUCAAAAUAGCUGGAAAAGAAGUUUUCCGUAGCAAAAUCAUCCACAAGAACCUUAACCCAGUUUGGGACGAGCGUGUUUGUCUGAUAGUGGACAAUUUACAAGAGCCUCUGUAUAUUAAGGUGUUUGAUUAUGAUUUUGGCCUUCAAGAUGAUUUUAUGGGCUCAGCUUACCUGUACCUUCAUUCUCUGGAGCUCCAGAGACCUCUUGAUGUUCGGUUGGACCUUCAAGACCCUCACUGCCCUGAUCAGGACCUGGGCUCUCUGGAGCUGGCGGUCAAUCUAUUCCCAAGAUGUACAGAGGACAGAGAGGCCCUCCGACAGGCCACCGUGCUACUGAGAAGAAGCUGGAAGCAAUGCAGUAAGGUAAAAAAAAGAAAAAAGAAGAGCGUUUGCCCCCAGAUUCUCUGACUAGCUGCUGUGUAA